AUGACAUCUAUCGAGCGCUUCGACUUUCACAACCCCGAUGAACCGGGAGAGGAACCCCUCUACGACACUUUGUUCGAUAUACUCAGCCAGGCACUUCAACCAGACGCUGAGUUGUCACUCGGUAGUGCGGUGGAACAACUUUCAGCAACUAUACCAAGUGAACAAGAUCAUUCGUCGGGUAUGGGCACGUUCCUGCCGACGUGCUAUGAGCUUGCCGCGCAGAUUCCGUACAAUCAUGCGUCUCUGGUGAAAGUGAUCACAAUCAUGGAUAUGGUCAUUGCCUCGAACGCAGCUGUACAAGGCAGAUCAGACAACAGGUCGUUUAAGUAUCAGACAUUGAGCGAGACUCUGCGAGACUGGUGGAACAGCAGCGAUCCCUCCGAGUCGCCGCAGCACUACAUCAGUUUCCAGACAUUCGCGGCUCACGUCCUCUCACGAGGGAUGGGAAGAGGCACCCAUCUAGCACAGUGGACUCUGCAGAUGGCUUUCGAGGACCGCAAAAAAGAAAGCAUGACUCCUCUGUACCUAGAGGCAUAUGUGAUGGCUGCAUCGCAAUGGAUUGUGAUCUAUGGCGAGGAGAUCUACCGUGACGCAGUGGCCGGCGGACAAGGAUGGUUCUUUAAAAAGUCUUCGACGGAUCUAACCCUGAAGCAUUGGCGCAGGUGGAAGAAGGAUUUUCGAGGUGUCGCUGGUGGCAAGAGUCGCGGCGGCAUCGAUUCUGGGGAGGAGUGCAAACGCCUGGCGGCUUCUGCAGCGGAGGCGAUGGAUGAGCUCGAGCUGAAGAAGGGGCAGUGA